AUCACACAUAGCACCACACAGCGUGUGCCCAUUCGGCCUCCCCCGCCUAAAUUCGUGGUUGGACAGAUAUUCGCCUGAUUUCCACCAUCAAAAAUCACCACCACCCACCCAUCUCAGUAACCGCCGCGCCACAUCCUCUCCGAGAGGAGCGACUAGACAUUGAAUUCCGUCUUUACCGGGCCUGUCAUUGAGCGGAUCCGAACACUUUUUUGCCCUUUGAUUUUUUGUUUUCCUUGCGCCGCGGCGCUACUCCUCCCAAAACGGUGAGGAUGAGCUAUCAGCGACCCCUCCGCGGCAGCUGCCACUGCGGCCGUAAUCGUUACAUCAUCCAAUUUCCCAAGGACACUGUCCAAUCCGCUGAGGUUCUCUUCAACUCGGUCCCUUCUCACCGUGUCUUACAAGCGUCCCCGCUCGCGGCGUUUCUGCGGGUGCCGCUGCAAUGGUACCACAGCACGACGCUAGCCUUCUACCCGGACGAGACGAGCUCCAUGAUCCACCGCGUGUACACCUCGCCGCAUGAGCAGCACGCGAUGCGGCACUUCUGCGGCUUCUGCGGCACGCCGCUGUCGUACUGGUCCGAGGAGCCGCGCAGCGAGGCCGACUUCAUCCAGCUGACCCUAGGCAGCCUGCUGCCCGAGGACCUGGCCGAUCUGGGCGAGUUUGGCUUCCUGUCGGAGCCCGACGACGACGACGAUGCGCAGGCGGCAGCCGGGAAGAUGAUCAUCUCGCCGCGCAUCAUGAGCCCGAGGGACACGGACAUGGGCAUGCAGGACGACGUCGUCGGCUUCACCAGCGCCGGUCGCCAGGUGGUCGGCGCCCUGCCGUGGUUCGACAAGCUCACGGCGGGCAGCCGGCUCGGCACGCUCCGCGCCCACAAGGGCUACGGAGGAAACCAGAACGGAACCGUCAGGGUGGAGUGGGAGAUUGUCGAGUGGACACCGGAUGAUGACGCAACCUCGUCCGGCCGAAACAGCAAGCGCAAGCUCGACGACGUCAGUGCCAUGGAGGACGUCCAGCAGUAGAAGACCGAGCCACGCUGUCUGUUGGCGAGGGUGAUCUUUCCACGAGGAUAGAGUUGAGGGUUUAUGGGCUCAUA